AUGUAUAACAACCCUCGCUUCUCAAAUUUCAGCAUGAAGCUGAAAACCGAGCUAACCACUAUACUGUGGACAGAGGUAGAGGAGAUAUAUACUGGAGCUGUAAGAGAAGUGAAGGAGGAAACUGGGAUCGAUACAGAGUUCAUUGAAGUCAUAGCAUUUAGGCAUGCUCAUAAUGUGGCCUUUGAGAAGUCAGAUUUGUUCUUCAUCUGCAUGCUAAGACCCCUGUCAUCUGAGAUCAUUGUUGAUGAUCUUGAAAUUGAAGCAGCAAAGUGGAUGCCUCUGGUUGAGUUUGUAGAGCAACCACUGAUCCAAGAAGACUCCAUGUUCAAGAAGAUCGUGGAUAUCUUUAUUGCUCGUCUGGGGAAACGAUAUUGUGGCUUAUCAACUCAUCAAGUAGUUUCAAAGUUUGAUGGCAUGGUAUCUUCCUUGUACUACAAUGUCAUCGACAAUGAAGAUACCUGUGUUGGAAAAUGA